UUCGGGGAGUUCACGCAAUCCACCGCGACCUGGCUGCACACCACCCAGCUGGAGCACCUCCUGCGGAGCCCGUUCAUCGGACUUAGCCUCGACGAGAGCACGGACCGUUGCAGAGGAAAGCACAUGAUAGUCUUCUGCACUUUCAUCCGGGACCUCCGCGUCGUCACCGAGUACCUGGCGCUGCUCAGUGCUGACAAGGCGGAUGCCUCUUCUCUGCUCGCUCUGCUGCUCUCCCACCUGCAAGCAAUUGGUGUCGAUCUCCGCCGCAUCUCGGGCAUCAGUACAGACGGGGCGGCGGUGAUGAUGGGCUCGAAAUCCGGCCUGCUGGACAUGUCAACGAUUCACGCGUCGGUCUCCCGCGUGACGUCCCUCCUCGAAAGCCGCUACGUCGACUGCGGCGACGACUUCAACGGGGGCCCGAAAGACCUGCUCACGGCCUUCCUUGCCCGUCACGGUCCUGGUGGUACGCGCAGCGUUACUGUCAAGGGCGUCGACUCCGAUGGGCGCCCGAGUCGAUUCACCUUCGACCUGCACGAGGAGCCAUUGGAUGGCUACCCGGGUGAGGGCAAGCACGACGACUGUGUCGUGGCGUGCAUGGCGCUGGCAGAAGGCAUGGUGCAGAACCUGGACGAGCGGCUGGGGGACUUGAAGCAGCUGGGUGGUUCAAUGCUGUUCUGUGCGGACCAGUGGCCGAAGGGGUGGGAACGUGCUCCUCGGAAGGCCCAAUGUCUGGAGUGGUUCGGGAUGAUGGUCGACCUCUACCAUGCAGGGGAAGCCGAAGAAAUUCUUCCAGGCAUCAAUAAGCGAGCGGCUGUGCUGGAGAUCCCCCAUUUCUGCCCCGUCCUUGCCGCCCUGCCAAAGGGUGACAAGGGUUUCUACACCGGCUUGAUGACCAUGCUGAAGUCUCCAGACUGGGAGGAUAGCUUCCCCAAUCUCGUCAAGCUGUGGUGCGCUACGGCAGUUCUUCCCCUGAGCACAGUGGAAUGUGAACGAGGGUUCUCCCGCCAGAAUGUGAUCAAGAGCUGGCUGCGGGGCAGCAUGAAGGACUCACGCAUUGGAGACUUGAUGUGUAUGAGCCUGCUAGACUACGACCCAGACUGGGAUGCCAUCAUUGACAUCUGGAGAGCCUACAAGAAGCGGAAGCCCUACAGCACUGCCCCACAGAGCAGAGCCCAGAAGAGUAGGAAGGGGAAAGAGAAGGAGGACGAUUCCCCUGUAGUCCACGACAGCGUGCAGGCAGAGGAGGAUGCUUAAGUAGGUCCUAGUAUGCCCAUGUUAAAUUGU